AUGAGAGGCUCAGUGGUUUUGCAGAUUGGUGCUUUGAUUCUUGUUUUACUCAUUACAUGGGCAAUCACCAAUGACUCUUUCGAUGUGCACAAAACUGCAAGGGACUUCAUUGGUCGAGUGGAAAAUGUUAAAACCACUCCAGCCCCAAAGAUGAAGUGUGAUUUAGAACAAGACUGCCCAGAGGGGACCUUUGCUUUGCGGAUCAAAAGCGGUGCAGCUAAUGUCGUCGGCCCCAAGAUCUGUUUCGACGGUCAAAUAGUCAUGAGUGCUAUCAACAAUAAUGUGGGAGCAGGAAUAAACAUUGUUGUGGUUAACGGAGAAACGGGAAUCGUGGAUAAACAUGGAUUCCUUAACACAAUAGGCGGCCAUUCGGAUGCCAUUUUGUCGUACCUCAAAGAGAUUGAACCAGGGAGGAUUGUUUUGCUCGCCUCGUUUAAUGACUUGACACCAAAGAUGACAGACGAAAUAAGGGACGUUUUAGAAAGCAUGGGGAGCACUUUGAUCAAGAGCCUGAAAAGCAAAGACAACUGGGUGUUCGCCGGGAGAACAGGAGCAGCUGAAAAAAGCCCAUUUGAAAAGAUAUCUGUGAAUGACCCCAAGACAAACAAGUAUGAGAAGUGGCCCGAGGUGGUGGAGAUAAGCGGGUGCAUUCCAAAGACCAGCUCCUAG